GCCGGAAGCUGCUUAAUUUACCCAUGGCCAAAUCUGAUCCUCUUUCCGAUUUACCUACGGGAUUGAAGCUAUUCAUCAAAAACCUUCAUUCAUUGACUCCGGAGAAACUUGAUGAUAAAAAUUUCCCAUCCUGGUUCUCCUCUGUCUCUGCCAAUCUGACUGCACACCGACUUUUGCCCUAUGUGGAUGGAAGCCGCCCUUCUCCUUCAUCUACUGUCUCUGCCGUUGAUAAAGAAGGCAAGGUCACGCUCAGUCCCAAUCCGGAAUAUGAAAAAUGGUUGAUUAUUGAUGAUCAAUUGCGUGCUUGUCUCCUUGCCAUAAUCAGUCCAUCUGUGCAUCCCUACCUUCACGGACAAACCACCGCUGCAGCCAUUUGGUCUCACUUGCAACUGCGAGAUUCCUGAGCAAGAUGUGAUACUGUGUGUCCUACGUGGUUUACCAUCGGAAUAUUCAUCUAUCAAACAGAAUAUCCGAACUAAUAUUGCAAAUAUCACCUUAACUGAAGUUGUUUC